CUUUAAAGCAUCCAGAGGAAGUGAUCAACCAGAGGCCAGCAUGUCCGACAACAACUCCCACCACCGUGGGCUUCACGACCAGCCGCUCAGCGGAAGUUAGCAUGUGAGAGAGCUCGCGAGGCGUCCUCGGGGCCGUUCGGCUUUUUCCGCCUUCAGGUUCGACCCGAUGGACGUCGAUGGACUGGACUGACUCCCGCUUCUGCCGGACUGAGCGAAAGAAACCUCUGCGUGUUCGAGCGUCCCGCUCCGACCACAGGAGCGUCCGGGUGUGUGUUGGAUGUGCGUGCGCGCGUGGAGGUGUGCGUCGCGCCCGCAGGAGCGGCGGUGGAGGUGACCGCGGGAGGCGAAGUUGAGCGCCGUGAUUUUUUUUUUUCUCUCCUUUUUAAAAAAAAAAUAUUAUUCCUGAUUGAGUUAUGUUGUCAUGCCACGACAAGGGGCAGGUGGAUUAACGUCUCCCCGAUGAGAAGUAAUCCUCCGCGCAGAGGCUCCGUGAUCGUGACGGCGAUGAUGUCGAGUAAGAGCGUGGAGUGGCUGCAGGACGAGCUGGAGUCCGGGGCCGGCUCGCUGCUGCUGCUGGACUGCAGACCCCACGAGCUGUUCGAGUCCUCGCACAUCGAGUCCGCCAUCAACCUGGCCAUCCCGGGCCUCAUGCUGCGGAGGCUGAAGAAGGGCAACCUCCCCAUCCGCUCCAUCAUCCCCAACAACGAGGACAAGGAGAAAUUCGUCAAGAGGUGCAAGACGGACGUGGUGCUCCUGUACGACGAGGCGGCGUCGGAGCGGCAGGAGUCCGGGCUGGGGAGCUCCGUGAUGGGGCUGCUCCUGCAGAAGCUCCGGGACGACGGCUGCAAGGCGUUCUACCUGGAAGGAGGUUUCAGUAAGUUCCAGUCAGAGUAUCCUGAUCACUGCGAGACCAAUCUGGACUGCUCGUGUCCCAGCAGCUCCCCGCCAGCCUCCGUCCUCGGCCUGGGAGGGCUCCGCAUCAGCUCCGAUUGCUCGGAUGGGGAGUCUGACCGCGAGCCGGGCAGCGCCACCGAGUCAGAGGGCAGCCCGCUCCCCAACAACCAGCCAGCGUUCCCCGUCCAAAUCCUGCCGUACCUUUACCUGGGCUGUGCCAAAGACUCUGCGAACCUGGACGUGCUCAGCAAGUACAACAUCAAGUACAUCCUCAACGUGACGCCCAACCUGCCCAACAUGUUUGAGCACGAGGGAGACUUCAAGUACAAACAGAUCCCCAUCUCUGAUCACUGGAGCCAGAACCUUUCACAGUUUUUCCCUGAGGCCAUUUCAUUUAUAGACGAGGCCCGAUCCAAAAAGUGUGGCAUCCUGGUCCACUGUCUGGCAGGAAUCAGUCGUUCCGUCACGGUCACCGUGGCCUACCUGAUGCAGAAGCUCAACCUGUCGCUCAACGACGCCUACGACUUCGUCAAGCGGAAAAAGUCCAACAUUUCUCCGAACUUUAACUUCAUGGGCCAGCUCCUGGACUUUGAGCGGACGCUGGGCCUCAACAGCCCCUGCGACAACCACACGACGUCCCCGCAGCACGACCAGCUCUUCUUCACCACCCCGACCAAUCACAACGUGUUUCAGCUGGACACGCUGGAGUCCACUUGAAAAGAACACUCGAAAACUGUAACCACCUCCUUCUUUCAAAAGGCGGGAGCGGGAGUGGGGUCAAGGUGGUGUAGUUACCAUGGCAACAAGUGGCUGCGCUGGAGGAGAGCAGCCGGUUUUAUUGAAUGUUUCAGCCUCCUGAAGCUCCUUGUCUGAGAGCCUGGCCACGGAGCGCCACUGAAGUGACCGGAGGGGUCGUGAAAGCCACGUUUAGGGAGACGUAGGGGGGUUCUCUUUUACCCCAGAGGAGGAGAACAGUGGUUAAUAAUCGAGUCGCCCUCAGCGAUGAAGGAAAUCGAGGAUUAAAAGCCCUGAUCAGCUUUGUUUCGUAACAAAGAACUUGGGCGACUUCCUAUAGAUGACUGAGAAACUGAACGGACAGCUUCGUGCAAAGAUAGGAGCACGGAGAAUCGGCAGCAGAGUUCGAUUUACCAGACGGCAGCAUUCUCCCCGAGCUCAUUUGUGUUAGAUGGAGAAUCUGGGAGGUACUAAUCAGAAACUUUACUCUGAACGUAGGGUUUUUAAAAACCAAGGAACACACACACACACCUAAAGUAUGUAUGUUUGUACUGUAUGUGUGUUAACGUACAUAGAACAUGUAUGAGUUCUUAACAGAUUGUGUAUGUCUAUAUGCAUUUUUGUAUAUUUUUAUGUACAUUUACGCACAGAUUGAUACCUUAUAUAAAUAUAUACUCUUUUUAUCUUUGUCCAAAAACGAAGUAAUUCAGUUUUAGAAUUGUUUAGGAGAUUGUAAAACUAAAAAAGAAGAAAAGGGAAUGGUUGUUUUUGUUUAGUUUAUAUAUAUAUUUUUUAUGACUUGAUGCAGUUUGCACAGCGGUGUAGCCAUGUAUUUGCUGGCACUUGAAGCCAGAUCUGGAAUGCAGGCAGAUAAAGAGACAUUCAGUGAGAACGAGCGGACAGAGGAGAGGCCAGUCCCAGGCUGCGACGAGUCCCGACAGCUGCACGGUGCCGUGGGGAGGGAGCAAGAACUGGGCUAACUGUAGGCCCGGGUUAAAACAGGCAGGGAAGCAACUUUAACCCAAACUGUACUUCCUUUAGUAUUACACCAAAGCCGUAGUCAUGCAAGUUCUGCGAAACUGGUUUCUGUCCGCUUUAGACGAAUCAUCCAGAGGCCGGGUAAGAUGACGGAGCAUUGCUCUUUCUGGGCGUCGUAUCUUGGAAGCACUCUGCCUCCUUUUAGAGCCAACAUUUGCCAAAUGGGGAAACGGGACAGCAGGCUGUGGGUGAUAGCUGGUGGGAUUCUGCGCUUGUGGACUGGGACCGGCCUCAUCCGCAGACUGCACGACUUCGAUAGCUUCAUGUCCCUUAACAGCAUUAUGGAAGAGGAGGUUCUUAGUCUGGAUCACACAUUUCAUCAAAGAAACUCAAGCCUGGGUUGAGUCACCCUGAAGCCUUGGCUUUAUUAAAUAGAUAGUAAAAAAAGAGGACUUUAUAAUUUAUAUGACAUAAUAUAAAAAUGACUUUUUGUAUACCUGAGCAUGCUGUGGUGCUGUAGGUUCUCUAAGACAUAACCAUGUUUACCAUGUAAGAAGACAAACAAUAAGGUCUGUUUUGUUUAUUUUUAUUUAUCUGCUGUUGCUGCUGAUCAUAUCAGCGCACAUUAUGUGGUCGAGACAUUUUAUGAGGCAACGUCCACAUCUGCAGCACUCAAAGAAAAAAGUGUUUAAAUUCAGCACGUCUUCAGCUUUUUAUUAACGAGCAGCAAUACUCUUAAUUGGACAUGAGGUGACAUCUGUUGGUGCUUUGGGCUUCAUAAUUAAAACUUGAAUAAAAAAAAAAACAUACUUUAUGUGAUUCAGUUUAAGGUCAGAUCUUAACGGCUAAACCUCCUGAAAAGUCCCAACAGAGCUGCUGCUUCUGCUUCAGGUUUCAUGCUCCCACCGUCACGCCGCUGAGCUUUUCGUGCCGGUGCUGGUAAUCAGCAGGUGGAAACGUUUCCCGUUAGCAGUUCCACAAUUAGAUAUUUAUAAAGAAAUAUUUUGUGUGAUCCAGAAACUCUUUUUGUAAUAGAAAUAAAGCUAGAUGUUCCCAAAAAAUAGUCCUAGGAUGUCAAAGAUGAAGCAAGGCCAAAGGUGAAACGCUCAUCCUUCUCUAAACUAAUUUAAUCUACAUAAUUUUAUAUUUAAUUUUAGCUGA